UAGCAGUGCCAGCCUGUACCAUGUCUGUUCACAACAAAAAUACACAGGUCAUCGAACCGGCAUCCUGCCUGUGCUUUUUGCCGCCAAGAGUCGUUGAGAGAAGACUGUUGGUGGGCGCGUUGCCAUGGCAACGAGUAAUAAACAUUGCCAGACAUUUAACGUCAAUACAGAUCCAAUUGACCUUGAGGAGUAUGCUCGCGUAAUGUAUGACGAGACGGUGGUCGUGGAAGCUGGGGAAAUCGAGAGUCCAGCGAAUUCUGAAGAAGAAGAGGUCAUUAGAAGCGCCAUGUCGAAGUUUAACCCUCCCGCGCGGCACACGGCGCGCCACGACUUUGAUUCUGAUAGCGAGACUGACUCUGAGGCUGAUAAGUUCUUGGGUAAUGCUUCUGAGGAAGAUCAAUCCCCAGACAGAAGGUCGUCGCAGCCAUCAGAGAGGUCGGUGGAAGUACUGAAGCCGGCGAAGGAGAUCCUCCCGCAGCGGCCGGGCGCGCCCAAAAGGGCAGACUCCUCCAACACCGAUUCUGACAGCGCGGACCUGGAGCCAGACAAGCCGGAGCUGGCGGGGGCAGGGAGCGGCCGCAAGCGCGGGGCAGGCGGGGUCGUGAUCCCCGCAGAGGGGGCCUACGACCCCAAGCAUUUUCAAGACCUGAAGGUGCCCCCUGAUAUGGAGAAUAUAUUCCAGUAUAUCAUGAAAUACACUCCACAGAAGAUUGACAUAGAUUUCCGCCUGCACCCUUUCGUGCCAGAGUACGUGCCGGCUGUGGGCGACAUCGACGCCUUCCUCAAGGUGUCGACGCCGGCCGCCAACGUGCGCGCCGCGCCGCUCUCCGACCAAGUGCUCGAGCAUAUUGAUAACUUGGGCCUGAGCGUGCUGGACGAGCCGGCGGCCGAGCAGAGCGACUCGGCGCUGCUGCACCUGCAGCUGCGCGCCAUCUCCAAGACCAACAGCGCCAAGUCCACAGUGUUGACAAAGAAAAUCGAGAAUGCGGAGAAGAACACAAAGGCCAUCGAACGCUGGAUCAAGGAUGUAAGCGAACUGCAUCUCUCCAAACCGCCGCCCACCGUAACUUACACUACUAAAACUCCAGACAUCGACAGCCUGAUGGAAGAGUGGCCGGAUUCGAUGGAAGAAACUUUGAACGACGUGGGGUUCCCGCCAGCAAAUAUAGACUGUUCUCUUUCGCAGUACGUGGACUUGGUUUGCGGGGUCUUCGACAUUCCCAUAGCUGGCAAUACCCUGAACGACAGGAUACAGGCGUUGCAUUUGCUGUUUAGUCUGUAUUCGGCUGUCAAAAACUCGCAAUUGUAUGUCGAUAGGCAGAAAGAGAAAGCUGAUAGUGUAGUUGUUGAAUAAAUUUUUUAAAAAUA